GUCCUGGUCCUCAAACCACAGCAAGUCCUGGAUCUCAAACCACUGCGAGUCCCGGUUCUCACACCACCGUACGUCCUGGUCCUCAAACUACCGCAAGUCCUGGAUCUCAAACCACUGCGAGUCCCGGUUCUCACACCACCAUACGUCCUAGUUCUCAAACAACUGCAGGUUCUGUUUCUCAAACCACUGGAGGUCCUGGUUCUCAAACAACAGCACGUCCUAGUUCUCAAACUACCGCAAGUCCUGGAUCUCAAACCACUGCGGGUCCUGGUUCUCAAACCACCGUACUUUCUGGUUCUCAAACAACUGCAUCUCCUGGUUCUGAAACUACCGCAGGUUCUAGUUCUCAAACUACUACAGGUCUUGGUUCUCAAACAACUGCAGGUCCUGGUUCUCAAACUACCGCAAGUCCUGGAUCUGAAACCACUGCGGGUCCUUGUUCUCAAACCACCGCACGUCCUGGUUCUCAAAAUACUGCAGGUCCUGCUUCUCAAGCUACCGCAGCUUCUGUUUCUCAAACUACCGCAGGUCCUGGUUCUCAAACUACUGCGGGUCCUGGUUCUCAAACAACUGCAGGUCCUGGUUCUCAAACUACUGCGGUUCCUGGAUCUCAAACCACUGCGGGUCCUGGUUCUCAAACAACUGCAGGUCCUGGUUCUCAAACAACCGCAGGUCCUGGUUCUCAAACUACCGCAAGUCCUGGAUCUCAAACCACUGCGGGUCCUGGUUCUCAAACCACCGUACGUCCUGAUUCUCAAACAACUGCAGGUCCUGGUUCUCAAACCACCGCAGGUCCUGGUUCUCAAACCACCGCAGGUCCUGGAUCUCAAACCACUGCGGGUCCUGGUUCUCAAACUACCGCAAGUCCUGUGUCUCAAACCACUGCGGGUCCUGGUUCUCAAUCCACCGUACGUCCUGGUUCUCAAAUAACUGCAGGUCCUGCUUCUCAAACCACUGCACCUCCUGCUUCUCAAACUACCGCAGGUCCUGGAUCUCAAACUACUGCAGCUCCUGCUUCUCAAACUACCGCAAGUCCUGUGUCUCAAACCACUGCGGGUCCUGGUUCUCAAACUACCGCAGGUCCUGGUUUUCAAACUACCGCAAGUCCUGGAUCUCAAACCACUGCGGGUCCUGGUUCUCAAACCACUGUACGUCCUGGUUCUCAAACAACUGCAGGUCCUGGUUCUCAAACCACCGUACGUCCUGGUUCUCAAACUACCGCAGGUCCUGGUUCUCAAACCACCGUACGUCCUGGUUCUCAAACAACUGCAGGUCCUGCUUCUCAAAGCACUACACCUCCUGCUUUUCAAACUACCGCAGGUCGUGGUUCUCAAACCACCGUACGUCCUGGUUCUCAAACUACUUCAGGUCCUGCUUCUGAAACCACCGUACGUCCUGGUUCUCAAACUACCGCAGUUCCUGGUUCUCAAACUACCGCAGGUCCUGGUUCUCAAACUACUCCAGGUCCUGGUUCUCAAACUACCGUACGUCCUGUUUCUCAAACAACUGCAGGCCCUGGUUCUCAAACUAUCGCAAGUCCUGGUUCUCAAACUACUGCGGGUCCUGGUUCUCAAACCACCGCAAGUCCUGAGGUCAACGAGUGCAUCAGCAGCCCAUGUGAUAACGGAGGGACGUGUAUUGAUAGAGUGGUUGGUUUUUAUUGUCAGUGUCAUCAAGCUUUCUUUGGCAGCACAUGUCAGCAUAGUAAGUAUCGAUUAUAUCCUUAA